AUGGCUUCGCCCUCAGCCACAGACUCUCCAGAAAAGGAGAGCACCGAAGUCCCCGAGGUAACAGAGACGAGAGCGGCCGUGUUGCGACUCCGAGCUAAGAACACAGCGCCCGGACCCUACGGAGUUCCUAGUCGAGCUCUCGCCCUGGCUCUGAAGGAGCUAGAGCCCCAGCUGAGUGGGCUCUUCACGGCACGUCUCGAGCAGGAUCCCCUCGUCAGCCACUUGUGCAGAGAGGGGCCGGACCUGGACGAGCAUCAAUUAGGUUUUCGUUGCGGGCGCUCCAACAUAGACGUUAUUACGCGCGUGAGGGCCCUGGCGGAGGAGACAAUAUCCCGGGGUGGGGUGGUGCUGGCGGUGUCUUUAGACAUCUCCAACGCCUUCAACACCCUACCCUGGAGUUGUAUUCGGGAGGCGCUGAAUUACCAUCGCGUGCCUCCGUACCUCCGCAGCACAAUAGGGACUUACCUUGAGGAGAGAUAG